CUGAACGAAAUCUUCAGCACUUACGGCGCAAUCGCCGACCUCGACAUGCCGCUGAACAAAUCCUUCAACACAAACCGCGGGACGGCGUAUAUACUAUACGCGACCCCGGAAGCCGCCGAGAGAGCUAUAGCACACAUGCACGAAGGCCAAUUGGAUGGAGCGAAAAUUGGCGUGUCGAUUGUGUUGCCG